AGUUUUUGGAAUUUCAUUAUCUGCACACAAUCUUAUUCAAAAGAGACCGUAUUGGGAAAUUAUUGUUCCAAUAAUGAUUUUUCAGUGGAUCCUACUUACUUUCGGUAUUCGCCUAACCACGCCUGCUUCAAUUUCUGUAACUUAUUCAAAGAACUUGACGACGCAGGAGGAAGUGCAAAAUGCAAAAGAAGAAAUAGUUCACUAUGUGAAUUUGAAUGAGACUGUGAACGAUAUUUCGGCAUUGAAAACUGAAGCAAACAAAUUGUAUAACUCUCAUCUGAAUGACAUUGAAGAUGCACUUUUUGAUUUCAACUCAUCCCAUUGUGCAGUUGAAGAAUGGAACAAUAACCGCACUGAUUCAAUACCUCAUGAGGACCGACACAAAGAAUGGGCCAACCAAAACCUCCUUAAUCGAAAAUAUUUAUAUCACGAUUCGUUUUCAUUAUUGGCAGCAUUUGUCUACACUGAUCAAAUCAUAGUCACGUUGACAGCGGAGAAUAAAUUCAAUCAAACAGUAUACUGUAGAUAUUAUGAUUGUCAUCGGAAGGAAAUACCUGAUCCAUUUAAAACAUCUGUCUUCCCUGAAUCUACAGUAUUUUGUGCUCGUCGGCCUGGUGCAAAGUAUAUUUCCAUUUCAAAAACAACUGAAGAACAAGCAGAAUUACCUAUUCCGAUUGUCCCAAGAAUAGAAAACCCUCCUCACUAUUUCACAGUUUGUAUGGCGACACUUUAUGGAGAUGAACCAAAGUUUCUGCAAAUUGUAGAUUUCAUAGAAUAUUAUAAACUACAAGGAGCUACAUUUUUCCAUAUUUAUUUGAGAAAUGUUAGCAACUAUGAUAGAGUAUUGUUGGAUGAUUAUGUAAGAACUGGAGAUAUUGAAAUAAUAAAAAUGCACGAUCACUUUUGGAGAGAUGAUUUUAUGUGGCACAAUGCACAGAUCAAUGAUUGCCAUCAUCGUAGCAAAUUUUUCUCAAAGUGGACAGCAGUUAUUGACAUCGAUGAGAGAAUUGAAAUGAGAUCAGAAUCAUUUAAAACUAUCAUCAGCCUCUUAGAUUCAAUUCGUGAUCCGAACAUUGUAAAUCUUCAUUUUAAAGUUCAAUGGGUGAUAAAGGGCUCGGACACUCCUGCUGAAUAUGUAAACGAAAAAGAGCUGAUCGAUGAAAUUAUAUUCCAUAAAUACCAAAAUACUUCACAAAUUGGAGGUUUUUGGAAUCAACCUAAAUGUAUCAUUCGACCGGAGAAAAUCGGAAUGAUGACAAUCCAUGCACCAAUGACGACCUACUCUGGGUUACGAAGAUCUCUUGUCAACGAAACUAUUGGGGUUGUAAGGCACUAUCGAAAUGUAGAACAGCGAGUAUUUGCCGGGGCACUUGAAAGAAUGAUGGUGCAUGCUCCAUUUAAUAUAUAUCCAAUACCAAAAUGGAUUGAUGAAUUACUGACUGACGCGAUUUUGAAUCGUGUGAAAUGGGUUUACAACGUCGUCGAUGUAUCUUGCGAUAAAAAAUAGGCAAUCUAUCAAAUUCAUGGUGGAAUCAAUGCUCCGUGUUGGAUAAAAAGAAAAGAAGAUGGAACUAAUUUAAGUGAUGAUGUUUGACAUAAUUUGGUAAUAUAAUAAAAUGAGUUUAAC